AUGAAUAUCGACCAUGAGGGACAAGAAUAUCGCGUUUCUUGGAGUGGCGACUGGCGAGACUCUCCGGAUCUCAGUUACUUUCCCCCGGUGGAUGCUUCUGUGACUCCCAUACCACACAGCCGGGAAGUUGAUGAGCUUUGGACCAAGUCUUACGUCUUAAGGUGUGGAGCGGACUCUCAUAUCAGAAUACUGAAUAACAGAGAGGGUGCAUUUCCUAUCUUCAAAUGUGGUAUGAAUGCUCGCCAAAGACGCUUGAUUCGCGAUGAGUUUUCCAUUCUCUGUUACUUGGCAUCCCACGGCUGUCCCGUCGUCCGUGUACACCCUGAACCUCUUGUCGAUGACGAAGGCAUCUUUGGCUUCAUGAUGGAGGAACUGUUCGAAAUUGAGGUCGCCAGCGGACAAAUCUACGCCGCACAAAUCACCAGCUCCAUAAAGCAAAUACACCAAAAUGGGGUUAUCCACAACGACCUCUCCCCCAGUAAUCUCAUGAAGAACAAAGAUGGUCGUGUGACUUUAAUCGACUUUGGUCACGCUGGCUACCUCGGAGACCAGAUCCCUCCCGACAAGCGAGCACCACAUUCAAACAGCGAUUGGUACUCUGUGGAGCAUGAUAUGAAUGCUUUGAAAAGACUUCUUCCUGACCGGACAGACAUAUAUUCUCGAAACGGACGUUUCUAG